AUGGAAAAUUGUACAGACAUAAGUAACGGCUCCGUUUGCAAAGGAAUUCCCUACAAAGACAGCAAGACACUCCUGGUUGCUGUUUACAGCAUUGUUUUUGCCAUAGGCCUUCCAGCAAAUUGCGUCACUUCCCUGCUUACGUAUGUACAAAUCCGAAGGAAUAAAGUAAUUGCCAUCUACAUUUUCAGCCUAUCGUUAUGUGAGCUGAUGUACUUAAGUACCUUGCCUUUCUGGAUUAUCUACGUGCAAAAUGACCACCAGUGGAAUAUGGGUAAAAUGGCUUGCAAAAUAACAGGAUUCAUCUUUUUCUGCAACAUAUACAUCAGCAUUCUGCUUCUGUGCUGCAUUUCUGUGGAUCGUUACGUGGCUGUGGUGUAUGCUCUGGAGUCAAGGGGGAGAAGAGGACAGAAGAAGGCAACCGUAAUAGUGUGUUUUCUAUUUGCUGUGGUUGCAAUAAUCCACACUCCAGUAUUUAAGACGAAAGAUUUAGAUAAGACCUGGACGUGCUUUGAGACUUUACCCCUUAAUGUAGAAUUGGCUUCUUUCAGCUUUGCCAGAUUCCUGUUUGGAUUUGCCAUACCUUUCACAAUUCUCAUUUUCACAAACUACAAAAUUUUCCAAAGCACAAAAACAAGCAGCGGCUUGACUUGUCGCCAAAAGGCCAAAGUGAAGUAUCUCGCUAUCGCCAUUAUCGUCAUCUUCCUGAUCUGCUUUGCUCCCUACCACGUGGUACUCAUUAUAAGAUCCAUAUACUUCAUGUUUCAUCAAAAUUGCUCUUGUCCGUUUGAGAGAGACAUCUAUUCCAUUUUUACAGUGUUCCUGUGUUUAGCCACUGCAAACAGCGUUGCCGAUCCAAUCAUCUACGUGCUGGUUAGCGAAAACGUCAGAAAAGAUUUCUGUAGGGCUCUCAGAGGAUGGAGAUCGAAUUCAUCCAUUAGUCCCAAGAAUGACAGCGUAAAAUUGAAAAUGUCCAAAGAAUCACAGGAAGGCAGGCCAAGAGAAGGACACAAAGAAAUACCAGAUUCAUCUGACCUUCAGAAGACCUGCAACAGUGGCAAAAACCAAGGAGACGGCAGCUAG